AUGCACAAUCUGAAGUUGUUCUUUGUUAUUGAGUGGAUGAAGAAGAUCCCACUGAAGAAUUGGGCUCCUCAUGAAUUUCUUGGGGACAGGUUUGGAGAGAUUACAUCCAAUAUAGCUGAAAGCUUUAACAGCUUGAUUAAGCACGAAAAGUCACUGCAAGCUAUCGAGUUGAUUGAAUGUAUUUGUAAUAGGACAAUGGAUACAAUGCGGAAGAGGAAUCUCGCAUCUAGCAAGUGGACCAAAAGACUUACCCCCAAGAUGCACACAAGAUUAGACAAGAGGAUAGCUGACUAUCGUAGAUACAAGGUGCGUCGAUCCAGUGAAAAAGUAUUUGAGAUCAUAACUAAUAUUGGGAAGCAUAUUGUUGACUUGGACUCCCAGACAUGCACUUGUCAAUGGAGGAAAAAACACAGCUUCCCCUGCAGUCAUUCCGUGAAAGCUAUGGUGCAGAUUGGUGAGGACGAGGUAUACAAGCACAUCAUACCUUACUACAUUGUCGAAUACUACAGAGGUCUGUAUUCAAAACCUAUCUAUCCCAUUCCUGAUGGAGACAAGCCGGAUGAGAUUUCUUGGACCAAAUAUGUCAUGCCUCCCCCUAUUGGACCACAAGUUGGAAGACCAAACUCUGUUUAUAAACGCAGUUACCGUGAGAAAUUUCGCAAGAAGAGAAAGUGUGGCCGUUGUGGAAUGCUUGUAUACCAUAAUCGUAGAACAUGCCGGAGUGCUCCAUUGGCCCCUCGCCACCCAAUUUUCAAGGAUCAACCAAGGAUUGGAAGGUUUUACAGAAUGAUGUUCAUAUGA